GCUCCUUUAAGAGCGACGUCCCGGGCGCGGGUCAGAACGCUGAAGGUCGGAGCGCUCCCUGGGUUGGGGAGGCUCGAGGGCGCCUGGCGGGCAACAUGCAGGCUGGCCGCUGGCUGGUCCCGGGGCUGUCCCUGGCCCUUGGGGCCGGGCUGGGGGCGGGGGCCGUGGCCUGGCUGAACAGGAAAGCUAGCCCGGGAGUGGGAGGGCUCUGGAGCCGGCUCCCCGUGUUGCCGGUGGCGGCGGCGGCGGGGCCCGUGGUGCCCGCGGGGGGCCCGGGCGAGCUUGCCAAAUACGGGCUGCCGGGGCUGGCGCAGCUGAAGAGCCGCGAGUCCUACGUGCUGUGCUACGACCCGCGCAGCCGGAGCGCCAUGUGGGUCAUCGAGCAGCUGAAGCCCGAGCGGCUGCGGGGCCCCGGCGACCGCCAGACCUGCGGCUUCCAGGAGGACGACUCGGUGCACGUCUACCACCGGGCCACCAACGCCGACUACCGGGGCAGCGGCUUCGACCGCGGCCACUUGGCAGCCGCCGCCAACCACCGCUGGAGCCAGAAGGCCAUGGACGACACCUUCUACCUGAGCAACGUGGCGCCGCAGGCCCCCCACCUAAACCAGAACGCCUGGAACAAUUUGGAAAAGUAUUGCAGAAGCUUGACCCAAACUUACCACAAUGUCUAUGUCUGCACUGGUCCUCUCUUCCUACCCAGGAGGGAGGCUGAUGGGAAGAUGUAUGUGAAGUACCAGGUGAUUGGCAAGAACAGUGUGGCGGUACCCACCCACUUCUUCAAGGUGCUGAUCCUUGAGGCUCCUGGGGGGCAGAUCGAGCUCCGUUCCUACGUGAUGCCCAAUGCACCUGUGGAUGAGAAUAUCCCCCUGGAGCGCUUCCUGGUUCCCAUUGAGAGCAUAGAGCGGGCCUCUGGACUGCUCUUUGUGCCCAACAUUCUCACAAGGACGAGCAACCUGAAGGCCAUUGCCCCCGGGGCUAAGUGAAGGCAUUGAGGGGCGGGACAAAGGGACCUGGAGAGAGACAGAACAAGGGGCGGUCCAGUGCAGUGAAUGGAGUGUGGGACAGGGCAAUGGGAUUUUGAAUCCUAGCUCUGCUGUUUAUUACCUGUAUGACGUUGAGGAAGUCAUUUCCCCAUCUGUAAAAUGCCAGAAUUCCUAGAGCUGGUGGAUGGAUACCUGAACCUUCCCUGUUUAUUCCUGGGCAUCUUUGGGGGCAAGAGGUUACCCUCUUGGCUAGAAGUCCACCCCUACCCCUGCGUACCUUGACUUGUCUUUGGGCCUGCUUCUGGGGGACAGAUCUGCCUAGGGAUUUUUAGCUCUCUUGGGAGAGGUUUGUCUCCCCUAGUACUGUUUUAGGAGGUUCUCAGGCACCUCAUAUUAAUGGUGGGAAAGUGGCACUCCCUGUGCCUUAUAUUUUGUUGAACCUACCCUUAAUAGGCUAGAGGGGUACUCCUCAAACCCCUUGAAAUAGAGUUUCAUCUUUGUAAUAAGGGGUUUGCCGCUGUUCCUUGGUUGUGAUCCGUGAUCUACUAGACCUGGAGGGUGGGCAUACACUUAGGUUGGAAAGGAUCAGAAAAUCCCAAGGAUUCCACAGCUUAGUGGAGUCAGCCAGUGCUAUUGGGCACCUUCGUCACACCUGUAUACUAGACUGCUUUGUUUCCGUCCCCACUACCAAAAGGUCUUUUGGCAAAGUUGUUUUGCCAGAUUCUUGGGCAUCAUUUUCCCAUCUGAAAUGAGGGGGUUGGUAAGACAUUAAAAAGAAAUACAAAAAAUUACAAUGUUGAAGCGUGCAUUGUGGUAAAAAUUAUAUUUCUCAAAUUAAUCUAUAGCUUCAAUGACAGACCAAAUUACUAAGAGAAUACUUUAUGUAAUUAGAAUAACAAUUUAUGUGGAGGAUAUUACCAAGGGAUUACUUUAGAAUUGGGCAAAAUAAUAUAUUUCAUCUUGAGGAAUAAAAGUUCAAGAAUAUCUAGGAAACAAUGAAAAAAGUAGGAAUGAAGUCAGUUUGGUAUUGUCAGAUCUCAAAAGAACACAAAGUACUGGAGGAAAAGCUCCUGGGAAGACUGGUUAGUAGUUUGGUAGCAGAUAGGUUUAGACCUGCCUAUUACACCAUAUGCUACAGUACCAAGUAGGUAAAUUGGUUAAAUAAAAAAGCUGUACUGUUGACAAUUUAGGGGAGGAAGAAGAGCAAUCCUCCUCCUAACUCUUAGUAGGGGAUGAAUGUGUAACCAUGGGUGAUGCAGAUAAUACUAUGGAA